AUGGGAAAGGAAACACAUAGAAACAUGUCUGUGACAAAAAAAAAAAAAAAAAAGUUAGAUGAUGAUCUGUUCGAAAUAAUUAUUUAUAACAUAAUAUCUCUAAGCAUUGUCAAUACCGAAUUAAAUAAAAGUUCAGUGAAAAAUAAAGUAAUAGAUUCAAUUAUUGUAAAAAAUAUCAAUUACAUUUUAAACAACAUUUUCAUUCUCUCUUUUGGGAACAUCCAAAAAUUGCUAUUCAUUAUUGAUUUCAUAUUGAAUGAUGAAGGAGUUUACUAUAAAUUUAGCAAACUGAGCACAAGAGAAAAUGUAAUCUAUUGUAAUAGUACCACAAUUGGUGCUACUGAUGCACGGAAUGCCAGGGUCACGACCGGUACUAAUACAGGAAGCACAACACGUGACAUUGCAAAUUAUGUCACAAGUGGUAAAGUCCAAAUAAAUGGAAUGCAAAAGGGUGUAAAGAAAAAUGUGCACGAAAAGGAAAAGACAAAAAAAACAGUCGCAGCAAGUUUUACUGAUACAUACAGUUUGAACAAUUAUAUUAACGACAUUUUCAUAUACAUAGAAGAAAAGAACACCUAUUUGAGUAUAUUUCAUUUUGAUUACAUAUUUGAAGAUAUCGAAAAUUACCAGCGAUCCUUUUUGCAAAAAUAUGAAAAUUACACUUUUAAGAAGUUCUUUAGGGAUGUUAUGGAAUUAUCGGAAGGUGUAAAUGAGACCAACAAUAAAACCCGAAACAGACAAGAAGGUAGAAGUGAAUGCAUGGGCAGAACAAAAUGUAGAAACCUAGAUCGAGGGACAAGGAAAACGAAAAAUUUGCUAUAUAUUAAAAAAACAAAAUAUGAGGACUUGUACAAGGAACUAAUAAAAUAUCACAAAGAUAAUUUUAAUUUAUUAGAAAAGUCGAACUGUGAAGAUGAUGGGUUGUUAUCUUAUGUAGGAGGGGACUACAUAAGUUCAGCGUCAACAAGCAAUGAAACUACUAGAAUGAGUGAUACAGAGUGGGCUAAUGGGGAUAAUAUUUUAUCUGAUAUUGUUAAGACGGAAAAGGAUGUAAAUGUUCAAAAUAGUAAUAACUAUAAAAAUAGAAAAGAAGCAAGAGUAAAGAACACGGAGGAAUACACUGAAUAUGAUGUUAUAAGUAGAGAAAAAAUUAAAAAAUUGUAUAAAUAUAAAAAGGAAAAAUGCAAAUUAAUUAAAAAUAAUAAUUUUGUGAACAAAAAAUCUUAUAUACCUAUUAAUUUAUUUCCUAAUAAUGACUUAUACAUAUCUAAUAUAAAAUUUCAAACUGUGUCAUCAAGUACGCGUGUAAAAGUUCAUUUAUUAUUUCUGUAUACGAAUAUAAUAUUAGUUUUCAAUUUACUUAAUUCUUCCCUACACUUGUGGGUUUAUAAAUUUAUAUCAUUUCUUUUAAAUGUCCUAAACAAUUUUAAUUGUAAGUGUUAUUUCUAUUUGGAUAAUUCAUUAGUGUUAUCUCAUUUUAAUAAAGGAAAAAUGUUCAUAUUAAAUAAACAGACGUGGGAUCACAAAUUUGUAACAAAGGUGAAUAAUUCUAAUCAAGCGCAUACUCUAAGUGUAGCUAAUAAUCUAUCCACAAAAAGGUAUUCAAUCUUACAAACUUUUGUAGAAAAGAAAAAUGACAAAAAGGAUAAUAAAAUGAACAUAAAUUUUCCAUAUACCAAUUGCGGUUAUAUAGUAAUUUACGACAACGGGAAAAAAACAAGUGCAAAGAAGCUCUAUUUCCACCAUUAUGUUUCUAUUCAAAUUUUAAAAUAUUAUUCCAUUUUGUCUUUACUGGAAAUUGAGAAUUAUUACAAAGGUAUCUUAUCCUGCCUACUGGGAGAUGUGUACAACAGAACAAUCUCUACUAUUUGCAAGAUUGAAAGAAAAGAAAAACACUAUGUUAUUUUCCCUGCAAGUAAAAACAAUGCUAUUUUUAAAAACAGUGAAUCGCUAAAAAACAACAACAUAGAUUUAUAUGCCCUCAUUAUUGAAUUGACCACACUAAGAUGUAAUAAUAAUACUGAAGAUGUAGUAAUAAAUUCUUUGCGAUAUUUAUAUUUCUUUGUUUUAUUUAACUAUAUGAACAUUCUAUUUGCUUUUUCAUCCAUUGAUAAAUAUUUUAUAAAAGAAGAAGAAGCAUUUCCUUUUACUGGAUAUUAUGAGUGCAAUGCUAAGAAUGGGGGAGAAUCAGAAUGUUGCUAUGAAUUCAUUAAUACAAAGAAAUGUCAUGAGGAUAUAGAAGCAAAGCGAGAUGAAGAAUCUCUGAAAUGUAGAGAAGUGAGGAAAAUAUCAGAUGAAAUUAAUUCUUUCAUAACCGAAAACCACAUAAGGUUAGAACUUCAAGAAUUUCGAAAAAGCGCACAUGUGUUAGAAAGAGUUAAAAAGAAUUAUUAUUUCAGUGGAAGUUUAAUUACAUUGCCAUUUUAUGUAAAUAUGAACACGUUUCAGAUGUUCCAUCAAUAUGAAAUAAUGGAAAAAUCCAGUAGAAACAAUGAAGCUACGAACGAAUCCAUAAAUGACCAAAAUGGUAAGGCAGAAAAAAAUGAGAAGAACAACAAAAGUAUGGAAAUGUCCCAGAAUUGUAAAGAUUUAAUACGAAAAAGAAUAUCAAAUGUGUUAAGAAAUAAUAUAGAUUUAAUAUUUCACUUUAGUUCAUAUGUACCACUUUUUGUAAACAAUUUUAUUGAUAUAUUAAAAAAAAGGAAUUAUUUUUUAUAUGAAAACAAUAGUUACCGUUUUGCAAUAUGUGUAAAAUAUUUAUACAUGCUCUAUGAAGAACUGAGUCAGGAUAUUAUACAAGAGUUGUAUGAAAAAAUUAUGUUAGUCAUAAAAAAUGAAUUUUAUACACAAAUCAGUAAAAUAAUUAUAAUAUACAUUUUUUCCUUUUUUUUGAAUAAAAAAUAUAUUUUACAUUUAUGUAUAAAGGACAUAAAACAAUUCUAUCCAAAUUUUUCUGACACCGAAGAUUUAGCAAUUGUUAAAUAUUAUUUUGUUCUAAAAAUUAUACACUAUAACCCUAUAGCUAUAAAUUUGAGAGAUAUAUAUACAACUCUAUAUACAUAUCAUAACUAUGUAAUCAUUAUGGACCCUAAUGAAAACGUUAAUUCAAAGGGGGAACACUCCUUCUACUAUGAUAAUUUCUUCUUAAAUUUUCCUCCAGAAAAAGAUUCAUCAAAUAAACAACAUCACAAGACAAGAACAACAAGUUCACUAUUACAGAAAGGGAAAAAAAAAAAAUGUCAUGAAAAAUAUGCACUCGGUGCACAAAAUGAACAUUGCAAAAAGCAAAUUAUAAUACAUUUAUCAUCAAGGGAAAAUUUCAAUAUAUCGUGUCAAAAAAAUAAAUACCCCAAUGAGAAUGAUCAUUUUUACAAUACGCUAGUUGGUGAGUUGUCGAAUUAUAUGUCAGCAAAAAUGUUAGAUGGGACAAGCUUGCGCAUGAUUCAUGGUUCAUUCCCUGACAGAUGUACGAAAGGGUUAAUUUUGAAUAAAGAAAGAGAAAGGGAAAAUAGUACCAGUACUGAUGAUAGAAACGUGCAGUGUUCUGUAGAAUUAUUUUACCCCAAAGAUGAAAAGGCAAGAAAUUCCAUGGGUAGAAAAUUACUUGGCCAGUUCUUUGAAGAGUGCAUAACAAGUGGCACAAGCAGCGACAUCUUCAACGAUAACUUAAUAAAAACAAAUGGUCACAUGAAUAGAUCAGCAGAAACGGGUAACUCUGUUCAUGCCAAAAAAAUAUACUUGUUAAUAUUUGCUUAUUACCUGUUAAAGCACUAUAACCAAUUCAGUGAAUUAAAAAAAUGGCUAAAAUGGGAACUACUGAAUGUACUACUAUCCAACAUGAAGGAAGUGAAUAAAAUCCAUUUUAUGUUGCAGUACUUAUAUGAAAAAAAGGAUAUAGAAUUAUUCUGUUUUAUCCAAAAUGCCAUAUUGAACUGGUUAACAAAAAUAAAACCAAAAUAUAAAAUAAUGAAUUUUUUAGUAUUUUUAUUUUAUCUUGUGAAGAUAAAAUACACUAAUAUUAAAUCAGUUAUGAGAAUAUUAAACACUGUUUUGAGAAAAUAUAAAUUUAACAUAAAAGUUUAUAUAACCAUUUUUAAAAUUAUAAAAACAGUUUUGCAGUAUCAUGAUAUUUCGGAUAGCUACCAAUUUAUUAUAUCCAUUUUAAAAUAUAUCAGAGAAUGUAGUUAUGAAUAUUUACAUACGACGUGUACAUACUACAUGAACAUAAUUGAAAAUAAAAUUUCCUUCAUGGAAUGUGUUAAAUUUGAUCAGAAAUAUCAGGAUUAUCAUGACAUAUUAAGUGGAGUGUAUAGCCCGAAAGGUCGUGUUCCUGGAAUUUUACAUUACCUACAGUUGAAUAAAAUUUAUCAGAAAAAUAAUAGCAUAAAUGUAAAAUAUAUAAAUUCGGAAAAUGCAUCAAAUUUUAUUAAAUUAAAAAUACACAAAUUAGACAGAAAAAACGUUCUAUCUUUAGAUGAUAAUGGAUCAACCAUUUUUUAUUCACAGUAUGAUGAAAAAUGCCACUCAAAAAACUGUAUUAAAAAAAAAUGUUUUCACUCCAAUGAAUAUUAUAAUAAGAACGAUUUUAAUUCUGAUGAAUUUUACAGCAUAUAUAAAGAGGAUUCAUAUAGCUUAAAAAAUUAUUGUACAUACAUUACCAACUCGGAUCACUACCUUUAUUUCCCAUUCAUUUUAAGAUACACACGUAGCUCGAAGAAGGAGAAAAAGUAUUUCAAAGAUACAAACAAAAUAGAUAGCAGUGAGAAUGGAAUAAUAGAACCCAUUAAAUUAAGAAAUAUAUCUCCCAGUAAAUACAAAAAUGGAUCACUUAAUAAGGAAAGAGCGGCAAAUGGAGAUAAACUUUGGAACCCCAAUGAAAAACUUUUUUGCUUGAAUGUAUGCUUCGUACACAAGGCAGAUUUCGUGAACAUCCACAACGUGUAUAUUCCAUACACAAAAUUAGGUAGAAGUUGUUCUCCUGAUAGAUCGGAUCUUCUUUGUAAAAAAAAAAAAUGUAACAUGCGAGUUCCAAAGCAUGAGCAUGAUAUGCAAAUCAAUAGGAAAACAACACUACUUCGUAGGUUAACCAGAAAAAAAAAAAUAUUUUUGUUGAAAAAAAAAUACUUUUAUAAAAACAUAUAUAGCUAUAUACUGUACAGUACAAGAGUUAAGAACAUUAAAAGUAGAUUGACUCGAAAGUUAAAAAGAGGCAGAUACUACCGAAAGUCAAAGAGGUGCAACUUGAAAAAAUCGAAGAGACACUUCUCGGGACAACAUGUACAAAUUAACUUAACACAUAGCACAAAUUUUGCUGACCUAAAAAGAGAUAUAAUAAAAAAGGAAAUAUAUAAAACAACUUGUAAAUUGAAAAAAAAACUUCUAUUAAUGAGGGGAAAAUAUUCUGUAAAGGGGAAAAAUAGAAAAACCAAUUCAAGCAGAUAUAAAUACAAAGAACAGAAUAUAAAUUCAUACAAGAUAUUAAUCAAAAUAAGAGUAAAAUUACUAAUCCAAAGUAAUUUCUAUGCAUAUGUAAUAUAUCUAAAUCGGGAAAAAAAAACUUUUAAAACAUUCCUAGGGAAAUAUAAUUUAAAUUUUAUUGACUUUUUUUUACCAUUUAAAGCAAGUAUUCAACAUUGGAAAAAUAUUUUUGAAGAUGUGUGGAAUGGUAAUAUUGGAAAAAUUUACAAGUCUGCAAAAUAUUUAAUUAUGACAUCCGGAAAUGUUCUUCAAAUCAUUAAUAAAAAGUUACAUCAAUUUCUAAUUAAAGAAAAUAUAAAUAUAAAAAUUUGGAAUAUCCACAAUUUCCCACAAUAUAAUAUGCACAUAAGCAAGAAUUAUUACCCAAGUGGAAAUCAUUAUUAUGCUUAUAGAAAUAAAAAAAAAAAAAUUAAUAGCUACAUUUAUGAUGAGUUCUACGUUGACAACUAUUCUCUCAAUGGGAGUGAAUCUGAUAUGGUAACUAAUGAAGAAAUAAAUCGAAACCAAAAAUAUUUUUAUACAAACAACAUCAGAGCGAAGAAAAAUAAAAUAUAUUACCUUUUAUACAAACCGAAAAAUCUAAGUAACCUUCCAAAAGAACCCUUAAGUAAUUCCCUUAAUGACAGCAGCGACAAUGCAAGCUUAGGUAGCAAUGGCGUAAUCAGUGGAAAAAUUAAUUGUGCUGAAAAUGAGGAUCAAUCAAAAAUGAAUAAUAAUGAGCAUGUCUUAUUUACAAAGCGACGGAUAAAAUAUAAAAUUCACUUGAAACCCUAUCGGAUAACUGGAGAAAAAUUGAAAUGCAAAAAUAAAGUUACCCUAAGAGGUGAUAAUAUCAUGGAACCCAAAAUAAGCCAAAAAAGGCACUCACAAAAAAACAAUCAUCCUAACUAUAAAAAAAAUAAUUAUUUAUCGUGGGAAAUGAAAAAGAAACAAUGUAAUCCUAGUCUUAAUAAUAGUAAAAUAAACACCGAUAUUAUUAAAAAAUUUGUGGGUAUUUUUCUACCACCAAGUCAUCAUUUGCUCAUGGUUUUUCAUAUCCACGAAAAGUUCACAAUGGUUCAAAUACGCGCGGAUAACUUAAGCGUACUUAAUUACCUAAACCCGUUUUUCGAUAAAUGUAAGCUUGUGCACGAGGGAAGGCCUACAUUUGUGUAUGUACUUUGCAAACAAAUAUGUGAUGAUCUUUUCCGUUUUCACAAGCUUGUCAUAUAUGCAUACUCCCACCUUUACAACCAUUUUAAAAUGUGUAAACAUUGUCAUAACAUUUACUUAAUCUUUGAAAACGAUGCAAAACUACAAAUACUACAUCGUUGA